AAGCUCCACUUCAUUUGUGAACUAUCCAGCUAAGCAGGACACAGAGGACCUGCUACAAUGCCACGAUUAUACCACCAGGGUGUUCUAUUUCUCCAGUCCAUACUGUUCUUCUCAAGCACUUAUUGUCAAAAUCUGGUGCCAAACACAGAUAACUGCUGCAUCUUAGAUCAGCGAUUUGGGGAGUACUGUCCAACCACAUGUGGGGUCUCAGACUUUCUGAACACAUACUACGAAGAAGUAGACGUAGAUCUGCAGUAUUUUGAAGGACUUCUAAAUCAAAUUAAAAAUGAAACAACCACUACUACUGUAAUUGUGACCGACAUGCAACAUUUAGGGACAAAACCCCAACCGCCUUCACAAGGGCCUAAAGACCCUACACAGAAAUCAAGAAGCAUGCUGGAUGAUAUUACAAGAUAUGAGAGGACAGUUAUAGACAACGAAAGGAUCAUACAAGAACUACAAGACAUGCUAAACACAAACGCCCAAAAGAUUGUGCAGCUGAAACAGAAGAUAUCAGUUCUAGAAAGCCAGUGUCAACAACCUUGCAAAGAUACUGUCCAAAUCCAGGAGUACACAGGAAAAGAUUGUCAAGAAAUUGCAAAUAAGGGCGCACGGACCAGCGGUCUCUAUUAUAUCAAGCCUCUGAAAGCCAAGCAGCAGUUCCUGGUUUAUUGUGAAAUUGAGCCUUCCGGCAGUGCUUGGACAGUUUUUCAAAGAAGGCUUGAUGGCAGUGUGGACUUCAACAAGAACUGGGUCCAAUACAAAGAAGGGUUCGGAUAUUUGUCACCAACUGACACAACAGAGUUUUGGCUUGGAAAUGAAAAGAUUCACCUUGUCAGCACCCAGUCUACCAUUCCAUAUGUGCUGAGGAUAGAGCUGGAGGACUGGAGCGGUCAUAAGAGCACAGCAGACUAUUCCACAUUCAGAUUGGGUUCUGAAAAGGACAAUUACCGGUUAACCUAUGCGUAUUUCCUUGGUGGUGAAGCUGGUGAUGCAUUUGAUGGCUUUGAUUUUGGAGAUGACCCCAGUGACAAGUUCUACACCUCUCACAAUGGCAUGCCGUUCAGUACCUAUGACAAAGAUAAUGAUCGAUAUGAUGGAAACUGCGCUGAGCAAGAUGGUUCUGGUUGGUGGAUGAACAGAUGUCAUGCCGGUCACCUUAAUGGCAAAUACUACACAGGUGGCACCUACUCAGAGGCUGAUAGUCCUACUGGUUACGACAAUGGAAUCAUGUGGUCAACAUGGCGCAGUCGUUGGUAUUCCAUGAAGACAGUGUCAAUGAAAAUCAUUCCUUUGAAUCGAUACGGGGAUGGUGGACAGCAGUUUUCAAAGGAUGCAAAGGGUGGGGACAUAUAAAUUGAAAUUUUUGUAAAAGCUCCAGAUUUGUGGAAUAUGGAAUACACCAGAUCUUUCAGUCUGAAAAAUUGCACUAUCUCCAGUAGAAAGAAGAUACAUUAAAAAUACAUUUAACUUUAAAAAUAAAGUCUUUCUAUUUUAUUUCAAAA